AUGUACGAAGGCGAUGUUUUCCAAUCGUCACAGAAUGGGAACACAGGGGCACCUCUAUAUGUCGCAGCAACGAGGCAACAUGUUGGAAAGACAUCAACGUCAUUGGCUCUGUUGAGUGGUCUACAAAAACGAUUUGAUCGAGUUGGGUUUAUGAAGCCAGUUGGACAACAGUCUUUGCAGGUCGAAGAAAAUGGGAAAAUUGUGGAUUGUGACAAAGACGCUGUUCUCGUGAAGCAUCAUUUUGGGCUUGAUCAUUUGAAAUAUGGGGACAUUAGUCCAGUUUUGAUCCCACGUGGUUACACUCGCGAUUAUCUUGACGGAAAAAUAAGAUUGGAACACCAGGAAGAAUUGGUCUACAAUGCAUACCGGGCCGUGAGCGCUGAUUCUGAAAUUGUUCUUUGCGAAGGAACAGGCCAUUGUGCGGUUGGAAGCAUCGUACAUGCAAGCAAUGCACAAGUUGCUAGUUGGCUCGGUGCCAAGAUGAUAUUGGUUGCCAAUGGCGGAUUGGGAAAUACUUUUGACGAGCUAGAGCUUAACAAAGUGCUUUGCGACAAAGAGGGUGUAGAAAUAUGCGGAGUCAUUAUCAACAAAGUGCAGCCAGAGAAACUUGAUCAGACAAGGGAAUACCUUACCAAGGCAUUGGAUCUGCAUUGGGAUGGUGUUCCUCUAUUGGGAUGUGUCCCAGAUAGGCCAUUCCUGGGUUGCCCAGCACUGAGUGACCUGGAAAAGCUUUUCAAAACAAAGCUCCUGACUGGAGAGAACCACAAACUCAGACACUACAGAGUACAAGAUAUGAAUCUGGUCGCAACCUCAUUACAAGUCUUUUUGCACACCUUGCGAAAGAACCCAUCAAGAAGUCUAUACGUCUGUCAUGCUUCUCGAAAUGAUAUUUUGCUUGGAUUCCUCAUGGACCAUCCUCUUCGAAAACAAGGAGCUGGGAAUGAAUCAGCACUAGUGGUGACCGGUACUGAUGAAUAUCCAUUGAGUGCUCAAGUCCUUGACAUCAUCGAAGGCUUGAAUGAAUCUGGGAACGCGCCACCUGUCAUGCUCGCACCAUACCCGACAAACGUGGCCAUGGAUAUGAUCCAUAGAUACACUCCAAAGUUGAAUUUUGAGGAUGAUAAUCGUGUAAAUACGACAGUAAAGCACUAUGAGCCUCAUAUUGACUUUGACUUGUUGUUGGAACGCACUGGUCACCUUGACCGUGCAAAUCAAGUCAACUGA